AUGACCACCUGCCAGGCUCCCUGCUUCAUUACUGCAACCCUUCUGGAAGAUACCGGCUAUGCAUCUGAAAAAUCUGAGACCAGCUAUACAUCUGAGAAAUCUGAGACCAGCUGUGCAUCUAAGAAACCUAAGACCGGCUAUGCAUCUGAAAAAUCUGAGACCAGCUAUACAUCUGAGAAAUCUGAGACCAACUGUGCAUCUAAGAAACCUAAGACCAGCUAUGCAUCUGAGAAAUCUGAGACCAGCUAUGCAUCUGAGAAAUCUGAGACCAGCUGUGCAAUUGCUCGAAGUCUGAAAACAGUACCUUCACCUACCAACUACACAUCAAACUCCGUUGAACUUCUAUUAAGUCAAAACCUCAUUGAGACUAUUUAUAAACCCUCUUUCCAGGUUUGGAAGAACCUUACAACAAUAGACCUGAACUGGAACCACUAUUCAAAGGUAAGACUUGAUAACCAAAAUAUAUGCAAAAGAGGUCUGGAGAUCAAUAAUGAAACAUUUGGCAAUUUAACAAAACUAGAAAAUCUUUUCAUUGAUCACAAUUACUUAUGUGAAAUCCCCAGCGGACUGCCGGACAAUAUUAAAGUACUAAGUUUCCAGUAUAACAACAUUUUUUUGAUUAAUAAAACAAGUCUCUCAGGAUUCAAACAUCUGAAGGAACUAUACCUAGGACAUAACUGUUACUAUGGAAAUCCAUGUCCAGGUGUUCUCAGUAUUGAAAAUGGAACAUUUUCUGAUCUCAAGGAGUUAACAUUACUCAACCUGUCAUUUAACAACUUAAGCAGCGUGCCUCUGCAUCUGCCUUCAUCACUAACACAUCUCUACUUAAGCAAUAAUAUAAUAAAAGUUAUUCACAGGGACGAUUUCAAAAACCUAGUCAAUUUGGAAGUUCUUUUCCUAAGUGCAAAUUGCCCAAGAUGUUUUAAUGCUGCAUAUCCGUGUAAACCUUGCACUGGGAAAGGCUAUCUUGAAAUAGAUGAUUUUGCUUUCCAAUUCUUAAAAAAUCUGACCGUGCUCCAUCUUGAUAGUACUUCACUUUAUACUAUAUCAAAAACAUGGUUUCAAAACACGACUCAGUUGAAAGUACUAAAUCUUAGACUAAACUACUUAGUGACUGAAAUGGCAACAGGAGACUUUUUUUCUUACUUACAGUCCUUAGAAAUACUUGACUUGUCAUAUAACUACAAUGUGCAGUCAUAUCCAAAUAAUAUUAAUAUUUCUGACAAUUUUUCUAAAUUGGUAUCCCUCAAACAGCUACAUAUACAAGGCUAUGUUUUUAAAGCCAUCACAUCUAAAAAUGUAGCUCCUCUUACAAAGCUAAACAAAUUAAAUAUUAUAAACCUUUCCGUUAAUUUUGUUUUCAAGGUUGACUUUAAAGUGUUUAAAAAAAUUCCAAACCUGGAGAUAAUUUAUUUGUCUGAAAAUAGAAUAACACCAUUUUCAGAGAGCACUAACAAAAGCCAGGGACUACCAGCAUGUUACAACAAUCAGUCAACUGAAUUACAGUCUGAUUUCACAUACAAUGGUGAAGAACAUAUUAGCAGAGUAUCCCCAGGAUUUAUUACUCCAAUUAACCAUCUGGUAAAACCUCACUGUAUUGCACGUGGGAAAACAUUGGACCUAAGUUUGAAUAGUAUUUUUUUUAUUGAACCACAACAAUUCCUUCCUUUUUCUGAUAUAGCAUGUUUAAAUUUGUCUUCAAAUGGCAUAGGUCAAGAUUUAAAUGGGACAGAAUUUAUCCACAUGCCAAAUCUAACAUACUUGGAUUUAUCUUAUAAUAAACUGGAUUUUGCUUCCAUCAAUGCCUUUCAGGAACUGAAAAAGUUGGAAGUGUUAGAUGUGAGUUAUAACCAGCACUAUUUCAUUGUGCAAAGUGUAGUUCAUCACCUUAAAUUCAUUGAAAAUCUGCCCAAACUUUCCACUCUCAACUUAAGCUGGAAUGAAAUCUCCACUCUAACUGAGCCCCAGGUUAAUAGCUUUUCCCUGAAUGAAUUAAGGUUUUCUGGAAAUCGUCUGGAUGUAUUAUGGAAAAACGGUGACAAACGCUACCUAAAUAUUUUCCUUAACUUUACAAAUCUGUCAAUUCUUGAUAUUUCUUACAACAGACUUCAUUCCAUACCCGAAGAAGCAGUGUACCGCCUGCCUGCAAGUCUUACCGAGUUGUAUUUGCAUCAUAAUGAGCUUGUGUUUUUUGGUUGGAAAAACUUGACACACUUUAAUAACCUCAAGGUUCUUGACCUUAGUCACAACAAGAUUACAAUGAUAAUAGCACAUUUGAGCAAUUAUACAAAAUCACUGGAGACUCUUAUCAUCAAUAAAAAUUACAUUCAAACUUUGGCAGAUGCAUUUCUCAUCAAUCUACAUAGCCUCGUCAACCUUGAUUUAAGUUUUAAUCAUAUUCAACAAAUAAGUAAAUCUGUUUUUUUGUCUGGAGAUGGUAACUAUUUGAAAGUUUUAAAACUGAAAGGAAACCCCUUUGAUUGUACUUGUGAAAUUGUUGACUUCCUAAACUGGAUCAAUAGGAACAAUGUCAAUAUUCCACGGCUGGCCACAGAUGUCACCUGUGCCACUCCAGAUAAAUGGAAAAAGCAUGGAAUUAUCACUUUUGACAUGCACGCCUGUAAUGUGGAUUUCAUAGCAUUGCUGCUGUUUCUUGUGUCUUUUGUCCUAAUCAUUCCAUUGACUGUUUUGCCAGUGAUGAGUAAUUUAUUUUACUGGGAUAUAUGGUAUAUAUACCACUGGUGUAUGGCAAGGCUAAAGUAUAGCAAAGUCGCUAGUUCAGAAAGUAUAUAUGAUGUAUUUAUCACAUAUGAUGAGAAGGAUCAAGCUGUCAGUGACUGGGUCUUUAAUGAACUAUGUCACCAGCUGGAGAACAAAGUAGGCAAACACAUACUUCUCUGCUUAGAGGAGAGAGACUGGGAGCCAGGAAAGGCUGUUAUUGAUAACAUUGCAGAAAGUAUUAACCAAAGCCAAAAAACACUGUUUGUUCUCACUAAAAACUACGUGAAAAGUGGAAAAUUCAGGACUGCAUUUUAUUUAGCUAUGCAAAAACUAAUGGAUGAAAAUCAAGACGUAAUAAUCAUAGUUUUACUACAGCCUGUUUUACAGCAUUCCCAGUAUCUCAGGCUGAGGAAGAAAAUUUGCAAAAGUUCUAUUCUGGAAUGGCCCAAAAAUCCCCAUGCAAAAAGCUUAUUCUGGCAAAAAAUACAAAAUGUGCUACUGACAGACAACAUCAGUCGAUACAAUAGUCUCUACACUGAUUCCAUUGCUGUUGAGCGCUGAUUGCCUGUUGCUUAA